AUGGUCUACGCCUUUGCCCUGCCAACCACCUCGCAUCUUUCCUUCCAGGCCUCCCUAUCCUCCAGCACGCAUCCGUCGCUGCCCCAGGCUGCGUCUACCGCCCGCCAUGCGCUGCGUCUUGCCCUCAAAGCCCACCGCCGACUCCCACGCGGGCCCCGGCAGGACGCCCACCUGCCCGCCGUCCUGGCCGCGCUGACCGAGUACCUGCCAUACCUGUUUGCCAUCUCACACGGCUUGAGUGGAAGGGCGGUUGAAUUAUCAGCAGCAGCAGAGGUUGAUAUCGCGCUGCACGCCGAGAUCGAGGCCGAAUGGCUGCCCACGCUCAGCGAGACAGGUCUGUCCCUCAAGGCAUUAGCGCACAGCAAAGGCGGCCGAUCGGGUCGGAUCCACGGCCGUGGGAUCGAUUUCGAAAUCGUCUUCGUGCUCGCCACGCUGGGGUACGUGCUGGCCGGGCUCGCGCGGUCUGGCGUGGUGACCACGCUGUACGCAGCUGUGACUCCGAGUGCGGAGCAGCGCACGGCGGCCGUACAGACGGCGACGCGGCAGCUACUACAGGCAGCGUCGGUGCAUUAUCUACUAUCGACAUUUACAGAUGUGGGGAGCAGUACUACAAUUACAACAUCUACGUCAACAUCUUCUAGUGGCGUCCCGGAUGUCAACCCGGGGACGCACUCUGCGCUGUCAUCGCUGGCGCUGGCGGAAGCAACGCUCCUGGCGGUGCUGAAAGACGACUCGUACGUGGCGGCGAGCAUCCAGGCGCGCAACCCGCACGACCGGGAGUGGAUGGUGCGCGCGCCGACGAUCCCAAAGGUCCGCGCGCUGCUGUUUGCGCGGCUGUGCGUGCGCGCAGCCGAGUAUGCGGAGCAGGCGGCCGCGGGGCUGGGCGCCGUGGGCGGCGGCGAUGCCGAUCUGGUCCGGUACGUACGGGUGUUGGGGCGGGUGGCGCGCGCGCGAGCCUGUCGCUUCUUCGGUAUUGAUGCCGAGCUGGCCGGGAAAGUGGGCGAGGCGAUUGCCUGGCUCCGGGCUGCUAGGGGGGCAUUGGGGUUACCCGCGGGCGAGGCGGAUGCAACAACAGCGACGACCACGACGAAUAGCAAGAGCAAAGGUUUCUCAAAGUGGAAGAAAGAAUGGGCGGAACGCCGCGAGGAGCGCCGGAUGGACCGAGACGCAGGUGACAAGAGUAAAGGCGAGCUUGAGCCGGGCGACAAUGCCGGGAGGGACGAGGAGGUGCGGGUGAUUGAAAUGUUGGAGACGAAAUGGGUCAAGAUGAAUGACACAAUCAACACGCAAAUAAUCCCCCCGUCGGGACCUUUACUCGCCAACUUGCCGUCCGGCCGAGACAUCCACUCGCCCCCAGGCCCGUACAAGCCACCCUUGCUCGAUGAAGACCAACUGGUUCGCAUGCGUGCUCCGCCCGAGGAAGACAAUAUCCGGCCAGAGAGCGAAGACAGCGAAGAAGAGGCGGUAGGCGAACACAGCACUUAUUAUUAGUACCUCCAUCAUACCACUUAUAUUAGUAGUAAAUCGCAUCUGUAGGAGGGUUCAAACCGAGCCAUUCAGUAACUCUUUUAACCUUUUUAACCAUUGAUGAAAAUUGAGAACAUCAAGUACAGUAUAUGUACAUGUACAAAAGAAACAAAAAAAAACGAUUCAGAGAUUCUUUCCCAUCUCGUCCACCAUAGAACCGGAACCAUCUAUGCCGACUUAUCCUUUGCGAAGUAAUUCUUCU